AUGCUGCUGCUGCCGCCGCCGCCGCAGCCGCCGCUGCUGCUCCUGCUGUUGCGGCUACCAGGUAUGUCCACCGCGGGCUUAGACUGGCAAUGCCCGCGCACGCCCUACGCCUCCUCCUGCGACUUUGACCUGAAGUACACGGUUCCCAGCUUCUCUGUGGGCGGACCGGUACAGGCCAUUGCGACCUAUGAGAACAGUAUGGUUGGGAGUGCUGUGUUUGUGGCCACACGCAAUCGCCUGCACGUGCUUGGACCUGACCUGCAAUCUAUCGAAAGUCUGGCCACCGGCCCCGUGGGGGACCCUGACUGCCAGACGUGUGCGGCCUGUGGCCCAGGCCCCCACGGUCCACCAAACGACACAGACACAAUGGUGCUGGUGUUGGACCCUGGCUUGCCUGCGCUGAUCAGCUGUGGGUCGAGCCUUCAAGGCCGCUGCUUCCUGCAUGAACUGGAGCCCCGGGGAACAGCCCUGCACCUGGCAGCACCCGCCUGCCUCUUCUCAGCCUACCGAAACAGACCUGAGGACUGCCCAGACUGUGUGGCUAGCCCACUGGGCACGCGUGUGGUGGUGGUUGAGCAGGGCCGUGCUGCCUACCUCUAUGUGGCAUCCUCACUAGACGAAGCAGUGGCUGCCAGCUUCAGUCCACGUUCAGUGUCCAUCCGACGGCUUAAAGCUGAUGCCUCAGGAUUCCAACCAGGCUUUCAGUCACUGUCAGUGCUGCCCAAGUACUUGGCUUCCUACCCAAUUGAAUACGUGCACAGCUUCCAUGUGGGAGAUUUUGUUUACUUUCUGACCGUGCAACCUACCAGCGUGACAAGCCCUGCUGGUAACCUGCAAACGCGUGUGGCGCGACUCAAUGCUGUGGAGCCGGAGUUGGGUGAAUACCGGGAACUGAUCCUCGACUGCCAUUUUGCACCUAAACGUCGCCGCAGGGCCCUGGAGGGCACACAUCCCUAUCGGAUCACAAAGCCCUACUCGGUGCUAAAGGCUGCCCACACUGCUCCUGUGGGCGCCCAACUUGCUCUUGAGCUGAAUGUCCCAGAGGGUCAUGAAGUCCUAUUUGGAGUCUUUGUGGCUGACAGGGAUGAUUACCCUGGCAUGGGCCCCAAAUCUGUGGUCUGUGCCUUUGCUAUUUACCUGAUAGACACCCUGAUCAAUAAGGGUGUGGAGCACUGUUGUGAGUCCUCUAUCAAGGGUUACCCUCAUCUCCAGCGAGGCCUGGACUUCUUCCAGUCACCUACUUUUUGCCCCAAUCCGCCUGUCCCAGAGGCCCCCAACCCCAGCAUCAGCUGCUAUCACUUCCCUCUGUUGGUCAGCGACAGCUUCACACGUGUAGACCUAUUCAAUGGGCUGUUAGGACCAGUGCAGGUUACUGCACUGCAUGUGACACGCUUUGGCAACAGCACAGUGGCCCACAUGGGCACGAUGGAUGGGCGUAUCCUGCAGGUGGAGAUAUUCAGGUCACUCAGCUACUUGGUAUAUGUGUCCAACUUCUCACUGAGCAGUAGUGGACAGCCCAUUCAACGGGAUGUCAGUCGCCUCGGGGACCACCUACUCUUCACAUCUGGGGACCAGGUCUACAAGGUACCUAUCCAGGGCCCUGGCUGCCACCACUUUCUUACCUGCUGGCGUUGCCUAUGGGCACAGCGUUUCAUGGGCUGUGGCUGGUGUGGGAACAUGUGUGGACGGCAGAAGGAUUGUCCUGGCUCCUGGCAACAGGACCAUUGUCCACCUGUGUUUACUGAGUUCCAUCCCCACAGUGGACCCCUAAGAGGCAGCACAAGGCUGACCUUGUGUGGCUCCUAUUUCCACAUGCAACCUGCUGGUCUGGUACCUGAGGGAACCCACCAGGUUACUGUGGGCCAAAGUCCCUGCUGGCUGCUGCCUAAGGACACCUCAGAUCUCAGGUCAGUGAACGACAAAGAAUUUGAAGAGGAGCUCGAAUGUGAGCUGGAGCCCUUGGGCACCCAAACAGCAGGGAUUACCAACGUCAGCUUCACCGUGACCAACAUGCCACCAGGCAGGCACUUCCGGGUAGAUGGCACCACUGUGCUAGGAGGCUUCUCUUUCAUGGAACCAGUGCUGACAGCAGUAUAUCCCCUCUUUGGCCCACGGGCAGGGGGCACCUAUCUCACCCUUGAAGGUCAGAGCCUAUCUGUAGGCACUAGCUGGGCUGUGCUGGUCAAUGGAACUCAGUGCCAGCUGGAACAGGUCAGCGAGUGGCAGAUUUUAUGUGCCACACCUCCUGGGGCUGUCACAGCCAGUGUUCCCCUUCGCCUGCAGAUAGGAGGUGCUGAGGUGCCUGGUAACUGGACCUUCCACUACCAGGAAGACCCUAUCGUGCUGGGCAUCAGUCCCAAUUGUGGCUACACUGGCUCCCAUGUCACCAUCCACGGCCAGCAUCUGACUUCAGCAUGGCACCUAGUGCUAUCAUUCCAAGACGGGCAAAGGACAGUGGAGAACAGGUGUACAGGGAGGCUUCCAGAUCAGCAUCACUGCCACCUACCUGAAUAUGUAGUCCAAAGCCCCCAAGGGUGGGCAGCAGGGAAUCUGAGUGUCCGGGCUGAUGGAGCUGCUGGCUUCACACUGCCUGGCUUUCGCUUCCAUCCUCCACCCCGUCCACCCAGUACUGAUAUAGCACCACUGAAGUCUGAGGAAUAUGCCAUUAAGUUCGAGUAUAUCGGGCUGGGUGCUGUGGUAGACUGCGUGAGUGUGAAUGUGACUGUUGGUGGUGAGACCUGCCAGCAUGAGCUCCGGGGGGAUGUGGUGGUCUGCCCUCUGACAUCCUCCCUGCAUCUUGACAAGGAUGGCGCCCCAUUGCAGGUCUGUGUGGAUGGUGAAUGUCACAAACUGGGCAGAGUAGUGCGAUCAGGCCCAGAGGGGGUCCCACAGAGCGCACUCCUUAUUGUCCUGCUCGUCAUGGUCCUGCUCAUGGCUACAAUGGCCAUAGCACUGAUCUUCAGCUGCUGGUGGCGGAGGAAUCAGCUAGUCCUUUCUCCCAACCUGGAUGACUUGGCAUCCUUGGACCAGACAGUUGGAGCCAUGCCCUUGCCUACGAUUCACCCAGGCUCUGACUACAGAAAUGGCCUUGAACUCUCUGCCAUUAAUGAUGUGGAUUCCAGCACUUGGGUCCACACAGAAUUCUCAGACAGCAAGGAUGAAUCCUGUGUCCCACUGCUGAGAACAGAGUCCAUCCGGCUCAAGGACCUGGACACUGCACUCCUAGCAGAGGUCAAGGAUGUACUGAUUCCCCAUGAGCGGGUAGUCACCCACAGUGACCAAGUCAUUGGCAAAGGCCACUUUGGAGUUGUCUACCAUGGAGAAUAUACAGAUGAGGCCCAGAAUCAAAUCCACUGUGCCAUCAAGUCACUAAGUCGUAUCACAGAGGUACAGGAGGUGGAGGCCUUCCUGCGAGAGGGGUUGCUUAUGCGUGGUCUGUGCCACCCAAAUGUUCUGGCUCUCAUUGGCAUCAUGCUGCCACCUGAGGGGCUGCCCCGUGUAGUGCUACCCUACAUGCGCCAUGGAGACCUGCUCCGGUUCAUCCGAUCACCUCAGCGGAACCCCACUGUGAAGGACCUCAUCAGCUUUGGCCUGCAGGUAGCCCGUGGCAUGGAGUACCUGGCUGAGCAGAAGUUUGUGCACAGGGACCUGGCUGCUCGGAACUGCAUGCUAGAUGAGUCGUUCACAGUCAAGGUGGCUGACUUUGGUCUAGCCCGUGAUAUUCUGGACAAGGAGUAUUAUAGUGUUCGACAACAACGCCAUGCUCGCUUACCUGUCAAGUGGAUGGCACUGGAGAGCCUUCAGACAUACAGAUUCACCACCAAAUCUGAUGUGUGGUCAUUUGGUGUGCUGUUGUGGGAACUGCUGACAAGGGGCGCCCCACCAUAUCCUCAUAUUGACCCUUUUGACCUCACCCAGUUCCUAGCCCGGGGUCGUCGUCUGCCCCAGCCUGAAUAUUGUCCCAAUUCUCUGUACCAACUGAUGCAGCAAUGCUGGGAGGCAGACCCGGCAGUGCGACCCACCUUCAGAGCACUAGUGGUGGAAAUGGAACAGGUAGUAGCCUCACUGCUUGGGGACCACUAUGUAAAGCUUUCUGCAGCCUACGUGAACUUCAACCCCGGCGCCUUGGUUGAAGAGAAUGUGCUCCCAGAACAGCCACAGUCUUCACCUAUGCUCAGCAGCACAUCCAGGCCCCGGCCCCGGCCCCUCUCAGAGCCACUGCUGUUCUCUUGA